AUGGUUGGUCAGCCAGGGGAGUCAUACUACGCAGCAGCCAACGGUUUUCUUGACAACCUGGCGGGUCUAACGACAACGUCCCUCGUGCUGCUCAUGGUGCUCGCUGUUGGCGUGGUCGCCGCGUGGGACAGUCUCGGGGACGAGAUCUCGCGCCGCGGAGUGUACGGCGUUGACGAGCGUGAGAUUAUGUGCGGCUUCCAGGCCGCCAAGUCGCGGUGCACUCCGACGCUGGUCGCGCGGGCCGCCGUCGGCGACAACGAAGAUAUCGCGUUGGACAAGGGCGGGAGCUUUGCCGGCCUGCAGCCCCUGAUCGACGCUGCCUCCGGACAACAGCCGCCAGCGCAGUCAGAGUGCUGGGGUGGGUCGACUGGCUUCGCCGAGGUGGUGCGGGCUGCGGCGGGAAAGGACGGUUACGAAGCAGCAAUACAGCUCACGGCCAAGAGCAUCAAGCACAAGUGCGCGAGCAUCCUGAUGAAUGCCGAAGACGACUUCGCCGUUGAAGGGCAAGCAUUGGCGCGUAUGGUCUGGACAGUAUGA